AGAGCAGCUGAGGUGUGAAGCUGCAGGGUUUCUAUGAACCGACGUGUUGGCUGUAUCAGCUGGGGCGUUAUAUACCGGAGACAAGAGAUCUAGCGACUUUUUUCCUCCCUCGUACUCUGAAUUGGGAAAGAAAACUUCUGAAAAUGGAGGAUCAUAUCUACACUAAACUUUUGCAUCCUUCCCGAAACGAUAGUUUUAUAGAGUAGCCCAUGCAUGAUGCAAACCCAGAAACCGAUGGAGGCUCCAGCAGUGGUUUAUCAUGCAUAUCAAUAACCUGAACAGAGGCGAGAUGAAGCUGAACAUAUUGCCUCGACCAUUACACUGGAGCCUCCUGCUCCUUUGUGUAGUAAGCCUCUGCAGCCAGCUUGUGUCCACUGGCAACCAAAGCUCCCGAGGACAGACAAGGUCAUCGCAGGAGAGGACAGGGACUUGUGAAGUGGUUGCUGCUCAUCGUUGCUGCAACAAGAACAAAAUUGAGGAACGCUCUCAAACAGUCAAGUGCUCGUGCUUCCCAGGACAGGUGGCAGGGACAACAAGAGCUCUGCCCUCUUGUGUUGAAGCCUCCAUUGUUCGUCAGAAGUGGUGGUGUAAAAUGGAGCCUUGUCUAGAUGGGGAAGAGUGCCGGGCUCUCCCAGACCUCACUGGAUGGUCAUGCAUCUUUGGGAACAAAGUAAAGACCACAAAGGUGGCACGGUAGCAAGACAGGAGCCCAAUCUAAUCAUUCGAAGCCUGUCCCGACCUGCUGCAUCACCCUAACUAACACGGGACUCUGAGGACAGUGAACGCCCCGUCAGAUAGAGCAAAGAACAAUAUAGAUUUAAUUAGAUGAGCUUUAAACCGCAGGAGCUCAUUAUUUUUAAUUUCCCUUUUGCUUUAAACACAAUUUUGGUCGGGUUAAUCCCACGGAGCGGACAAUCUAUUAGCAUCUGACUUGAGAUAAAAUGUCGCAGCGCCCUUUCCCAGUCCAAACAGACAGCAACUGCAAUCGUCUGUAUCAUUGUUUCAGUGCUUGAUAUGCUGGGCACAUUGUGAUGCACUCAAUCAAAGUUUGGAUGGACCUGCUGGCAGACACUUAAAAGAGAGAUUUUGUGGAUUUUCAGGAGGCAGAAUGUGAAUCCAGUUUGAUGCUUGUGACUGUCUCUGUCGAUCAAAGCAGGAGACCACAAAUACUGAGAUAUUUAUGAUUAGCAUUUGUAAACAAUGCUUUUACUCCGAGCUCUGUAAAGAGGUCAGGUCCCUUUGGACUACUCCUUACCAAGAAGAGGCACUCUCCCAAGCACGCCCUCACACAACUACACACACACACGGAAAGGCUGCUUUUCGACUCCACUGGUUGGACAGGCCACCUGCAAGGCUGUGAUGGCAUGAAGCUCUGAUGCAAAAACAAGGACUGUUUGAAAUGCUAAUCAUGGGGAGAAAGGGGAGAGAGAAGAGGGGCUUCUUCACUGCUGAGAGUAUUUACAUCAUGCUUUUGUUUGUCUCUCUAAACUGAGUACUCCUGUGGAGGGAACUUUGCGUAUAGUAAUGAUGGGAAACAUUGGAGAUUCUCUGCCUUGAAGCAAAUUGUAGACAAUAACAGAACAGAAUAUUUACUGUUAUUACCAUUUCAUCAGUUGUCUGAGUAAUAUUCCUUCUGGGCCCGCCCUGAUUGCCUCUCUUUUAUCUCUUGCAUUUAGUCAGACACUUUGCAUUUUACCUUUGCAUGGAAGAGACAUUUUAAAAUAUCACUAACACUGUGGCUGCAAAUCAUCACAUCUGUGGCAUCAGACUUGUAUGAAUGCCACAUGCUGUGAGAGUUGAAUGCAGCUGAAUGCUAAGCAGCCUUCUCAAUAUUUACUAAAUACAAUUAUACAUUAUGUCCUGGUGGUGACAAGAUUCUUCCCAUAGCUGUCAUGCAGUGCAAGUCACUUAAUGCUUGGCUUUGCUUUAUGGACAACUUCAGUUUAAUAUUCAAUAUGCAUGUCAUCAAAAUCAUGUCAUUUUAAGAUUCAUGUCAUGAUAGUAAUGUGAUUACUGGGACAUUUUGAA